UUCACUCUAUGCUGUUGCAGGACAAGAACUGCGGAUUUCAAUAAUAGUGCAGAAUAUGAACGCAAUGAAGCAAAUGCUCAUGUAUCAAAUUAAACGUGGGGCUUCAAAAGAGUUACAAACUAUUAUAGAAGCACAUUGUGAUGAUUUUGAAAAACAAGAAAAAGCUACUGAACUACUGUAUAGCAUAAUAAAAUUAGUUCAAAAUGAGGAUAUGUUCUCUGAAAAAGAAAUAAGGUACAUGAUUGCACAAAGGAUUCAAUGGUAUGGUUAUCUAACCCUGCAGUUAAUAGAAGAUGUAAUUACUUGGUUUAUGGAUAUGCAAUGCAAUUCCGACGCAAGUCCUGGAUAUUCGCAAUUAGGGAGCAUCCGAAUACCAGUAAUAUAUUUCUCAUCAGCUGGACUAUCAAGGUUAAUGAACUACAUGGAUAGUGUUAUGUGUGAAAGUCAUCUAGCACAUAUAUCGUCAGCUGUCAGCUGCUUAGUUGGGUUUUCAUGUUCUCUAUCGUGGACGAUGGAAUCUUGGAGUAUAAAAAAUGAGCGACAAACAUUGUCUAGAGAAGUAAAAAAUACAGAUAAAGAAAUGGAAUAUAAGAAGAUACUUCUGCCAUUCCAAAUCAAAUCAACAGAAGGCUUAAGUCACCUCUGGGAUAAGUUUGGAGAAGAGAAAAGGAGUGGUCACUUAGUAAAAAUAUCAGACACACUAUCGAACAUUUUCGGAGUAGACAUACGUGUUAAAACAUCCAUUGAUACAGAUCAGUUCCAGGGAGCAUUACAUGCAGAAAAGUUAUAUUCCAUGUCCUCAAAGAUGAAAGCUGAUCGUAGAAAGAUGAAGAUAUCACGAAUCGCAGGAG